AUGUGUGACAAUGUUUUAUCUAGCUCAGUGGACAGUGAGAUCCUAACUGGAGAUGAAGAAAAUGUGGCUGACAAUUACAACCAUCCCAUUGAAGGUCUAAUUUAUACACCAUGUAACAUACCAGGCCCAGGAGCUAAUAUUGAAGACUUUGAAACACAAUAUGCUGUGGGAUGCAGCUGCAGAAAUGGUAUUUGUGUUUCAGAAUUGGAUUGUGAAUGUAUAAGAUCUUACAACAGAAGCUAUGAUGGAAACGGGUGCUUGUUGCCAGAGAGGAUUGUUGGUUGUAUUAUGGAGUGCAACUCCUUGUGUCUUUGUGGACGUCAGUCCAGAUGUGGAAAUAGAAUUUGUCAACUUGGUCCAGCGGAUGGUCUGGAGAUAUGUAUGACAGGUAAUGGGAAAGGUAUGGGACUCAGGACAACAAAGAAAAUUGCUGUAGGUUCAUUUAUCUGUGAAUAUGCUGGAGAAAUAAUAGGAAUAGAGGAAGCAAAACGUAGAGCACAGUCACAAAGUGACAGUGACAUGAACUAUAUAUUUGUUUUGAAUGAACAUUUAGCCAAUGGUAAUUUGUUAAAAACCUGUGUUGACCCUACAGUGAUUGGAAACAUUGGCCGUUAUAUCAAUCAUUCUUGUCAGCCGAAUUCAGUUGUCAUCCCAGUGAGAACAAACACACUAAUUCCUAAAAUUGGUAUCUUUGCUGCAGAUGUGAUACAGCCUGGUGAAGAAAUAACAUUUGAUUAUGGAGGUAACAGCAGUGCUGAAUGUAAUGUAAAGAGCAACAAACUUUGCCUUUGUGGUUCUAUUAAUUGUAAAAAGUAUCUUCCAUAUGAUGCUUUGUUGUAUUUAGAGUGA